AUGAAGGUUUCUCUAGAGGGAGCAGCAGGCGCAAGAGCAGAUGGGCUCACAGAUCCCACCACCGGCAUCUCAGCCGGUGACGCUGGUAACGGCAACGGCCACAGCAGCGGGAAUGGGAACGGGAACGUGGUGGGGUUUUUUAUGGGAGGCUCAGAGUCUCACCCCUCAGGCAGCGCACUGCAUGCUUUCCCGUCUCUCAUGGCUGUAACACCUGCUGGUGGUAACCGCUCGCCCGCAGGCGGGAUAGAUGGGGCGGGAGGAGGUUUGGAUGGUUCGGGAGGGGGUGGAAGGGAGUGGGGAGGAGUGGUUGGAGAGUCGAUGGUGAAUCGGCUGCUGUCUGCGUUGAUUGAUUGCCCCAGGCAGGGUGGGGGGAAGGAGGGUGGGAUUGACGGAAGAGAGUGUAAGGAUGAGGAAGAGGAGGACGAGGAGGACGAGGAGGACGAGGAGGAGGAGGAGCAAGGGGAGGAAAAGGAGGGGGACGGUGAAAGGAGAGAGGAAGGGGAAAGAGGAAGUGUGAAGGAUGAAGUAGGGGAGGAGGAGGGGUUUUUGAGGGGUAUUUUGGAGAAUGGGAAUGAGGGGGGUGGAGGGGCAGCAGCAGGGGGGAAGAGGGAGAAGAACAGAGGAGUGGGGAAAGGAGGGGAGGAGGUAGAGUGGGUUUUACCUGCAGAAGGGGAGGUGCUAUCUGAUGCAGCUCUUUCUGGGAACCUGCUUCGGGGCCCUUCGUUACUGUCACACCCUUGGGGGCAGGUCGAUUUCGGGCAGAUUAAAAACAGCCAAUUGAACAGUUGGCAACCGAACAGUGGGCAGAUUUGGGGGCAGAUGGAAGGGGGGAGAGGGGCGGGGGGAGGGUUGUUGGGAGGGGGAGCUGGAGACAGGGGGAGUGGGUUAGGGGGGCCGCUGAGUGCAGAGGAGUGGAGAGGGAUGGGGCUGGAAGCAAGGAUGCGGCUGGAGCUGGCCCAUGUGGGGCUGCUGCGCGUGCAUGGGCUGCAGGAGUCGCAGCGGCAGGACGACGAAAUCAGCGCCAGCCUCCGCAUGUCCCACAGGCGACUGCAGGCCAAGGAGCAGCACAACCAGCACAAGGCAGCGUAUUUGGAGGAGGUGGUGGCAUCAAGACGACUGGAGGAAGAAAGGAGCUGCGAGAAGCUGGUGGUGGAUAGGCUCUUGGAAAUGGCCUAUGCCAGAAGAACGGGUCUCAAGAUGGCAGGAGCAGCAGGCACCAUCACCAAGGGGGCGGGCUCCUCCCUCAAGCUCGCGCGCCAGUCUGCCGUCCACUUUGUGCGCCACGCCCUGCAGCGCGCCGACCAAUGGCAUGCUGGCACGCUGCUGCCGCACCUGCAGCGCGUGCACCCGGACCUGCAGCCCUCGCCGAGCCUGCUCUCCGAGCCGAGCCUGCUGCCGUGGACGCCCGGGCCUGGCGGUGUGGGUACACCUGGGUUGGGAGGGGUGGGGAGGAGUUCUGGUGUGGUGACCACACCUGGGGGCACACCAAAUGCCCCUGCUGGUGCUACUGGUGCUGCUACUAGUGCUGCUGGCGCUGCUGGUGGUGCUGGUGCAGGUGGUUUGGACGGUUCUGGUGCAGGUUUAUCUGGAGCAGGUGCCUCUGCCCCUAGCCUCCUCGCCCUGUUCAACCGGCAGAGACUCGCUCUCUUCCCCCCGUCCCCACCCCGCCCUUCCAUCCCCCUCUCCUUCGCUCCCACCGCCACCACCACUGCAGCAGCUGCUGCUGGUGGUUGUAAUGAGAACAUACCGGGAGGGGAAUCACCAGCACUUCAAAUCGCUGGGUUGAGCCCCCUGCGAGCUGGUGGUGGUGAAGAGGAUGGUGCAGGAGGAGCAGCAGGAGGUGUGCCAGAGGCGGAGACAGACAGCCUGGUGGCAUCCAUGCUCAUUGCUGGUUCGCCGUGUGACAGCUUCAGGGAAGGUGCGUUGCUAAUCCUCCGUGGAGGUGUGCUCUGA